AUGGAGUUCUUCAAAUCUUUGUUUGCUGCUAUUAUUAUUUCGUUUUUCUUAUUUCAGGUUAAUGCCACCAAUGUCACCCAUGAUGGCAGAUCCCUCAUAAUUGAUGGAGUACAUAGAGUUUUAAUAUCUGGUUCAAUUCAUUACCCAAGAAGCACAGCACAGAUGUGGCCUGAUCUUAUUAGAAAGGCCAAAGAAGGUGGAUUGGAUACAAUUGAAACCUAUGUAUUUUGGAAUGCUCACGAACCAAUUCGUCGUCAAUAUGAUUUUAGUGGAAAUCUUGAUCUCAUUCGGUUUAUUAAAACCAUUCAAGAUGAAGGAUUAUAUGCAGUACUUCGAAUUGGACCUUAUGUUUGUGCUGAGUGGAAUUAUGGGGGUUUUCCUGUAUGGUUGCACAAUUUGCCGGGAGUUUCUUUCCGAACUAAAAACGAUGUGUUCAUGAAUGAGAUGCAAAAUUUCACUACUUUGAUAGUUGAUAUGGUCAAAAACGAGAAUCUCUUUGCAUCGCAAGGAGGUCCAAUUAUUCUUGCUCAGAUUGAGAAUGAAUUUGGAAAUGUUAUGGGUCCUUAUGGAGCCGGUGGAAAGGAAUAUAUUCAAUGGUGCUCUAAUAUGGCUGAAUCUCUAGGCGUUGGUGUCCCAUGGAUCAUGUGUCAACAACAAGAUGCUCCAAAGCCAAUGAUUAACACAUGCAAUGGUUUUUACUGUGACGAAUUUAAACCAAAUAAUCCAAGUAGCCCUAAGAUGUGGACAGAAAAUUGGACUGGCUGGUUCAAGAGUUGGGGUGGUGCUGACCCUUAUAGAACAGCUGAAGAUCUUGCUUAUUCUGUUGCUCGUUUUUACCAAAAGGGUGGUACUUUCCAAAAUUAUUACAUGUACCAUGGUGGCACCAAUUUUGGUAGAACUUCAGGUGGCCCGUAUAUCACUACUACAUAUGACUACAAUGCACCUCUUGAUGAAUAUGGAAAUCCAAAUCAACCAAAAUGGGGACAUUUGAAGCAACUUCAUGAUGUCUUGCAUUCGAUGGAGUAUACUCUUACUCAUGGUGACGUCACAAAUACAGAUUUGGGUAAUUCUAUUUCGACUACUCUCUAUUCGACAAAAGAGAAAUCAAGCUGCUUUUUGAGUAAUGCACACAAUCAAACAGACGCUGUGGUCAAAUUCGGAGGGAUUGAUUAUUAUCUUCCAGCAUGGUCUGUUAGCAUUCUUCCUGACUGCAAGGACGAAGCAUACAACACUGCAAAGGUGUAUGCUCAAACUUCAGUGUUGGUAAAGAAACCCAAUAAGGCUGAGGAUGAACCCAAUUCUCUGGAGUGGGUGUGGAGACCUGAGAAUAUCGAGAGGACGGCUGUGCAAGGGAAGGGAGACCAUCAUGCUAACAGGAUCAUUGAUCAAAAAGCUAUGGCAAAUGAUGCUAGUGACUAUCUGUGGUACAUGACAAGGGUCGAGCUUCCCAAGGAUGAUCCCCUUGUGACUGGAAAGGCUACCCUUCGUGUAACUGAUAGCGGUCAUGUUCUUCACGCUUAUGUCAACGGAGAAUACAUAGGUUCUCAAUGGGCCCAAUAUGGCAGUCAAAAGUAUGUUUUCGAGAAAGAAGUCAAGCUGAACCCUGGAAAGAAUUUGAUAUCAUUGCUCAGUGCCACAGUUGGAUUACAGAACUAUGGCCCCAUGUUUGAUUUGAAUGUUACUGGAGUUCUGUCUCCUGUCGAAUUGGUUGCUCACAAAGGCAAUGGCAAAGUAGUCAAAGAUUUAUCAUCACAUAAGUGGUCAUACAAGGUCGGGUUGGAUGGAGUUGCAAACAAGCUUUACGAAACAGAUUGUCCUUCAAAGUUGAAAUGGUCAGCAGAUUCUCUUCCUGUUGACAGGAAUAUGACUUGGUACAAGACAACCUUCAAAGCUCCACUGGGAAAUGCUCCAGUUGUUGUGGACUUACUAGGUUUAGGCAAGGGCCAUGCAUGGGUGAAUGGUCAUAGUCUUGGUAGGUAUUGGCCCAGUUACAUAGCUGAUGAGCACGCUUGCCAGACUGCUGCUUGUGAUUAUCGUGGUGCAUAUAGUGACAAGAAGUGUGUGUCUAAGUGUGGCGAACCUACUCAAAGAUGGUACCAUGUUCCACGAUCGUUCCUUAAAGAUGGUGAGAACACAUUGGUUUUGUUUGAAGAAUUUGGUGGUAAUCCUUCUGGAGUACAAUUCCAGACUGUUGAGAUUGGGACGGCAUGCAUAAAUGCUCAUGAGGGAAAGAAGGUGGCACUGUCUUGUCAUAACCGACCGAUUUCAAGAAUUAAUUUCGCUAGCUUUGGCGACCCACAAGGUGUCUGUGGAUCCUUCAAGAAGACCGAAUGUGAGUCAACAGAGGAUGCAGUGUCCAUCCUUGAGAAAGAAUGUGUUGGCAAGGAGUCAUGCUCCUUUGAGAUUUCUGAAGACAAAUUUGGAAAAGCUUAUUGUGCUGUUAAAAGGCUAGCAGUGGAGGCCGUUUGUUAG